CAAAACCCAAAAUGAAUUACAUUUCUAAACCCUAAAUUCGAAACUCAGAAAUUGGGGGAAAAAAAAUGGAGAAUCGAAAGAAGGCGGUGUGUCCGGAAAACGAAGAGGUGGCGGCGUAUCUGUUCAACAAGCGGCAAGAGUUGGCCCAGAGCGCCAAGGGUAUUUCUGAAAAUAUGGACCUCACGCUCUCCAAGGCUCAUUCGAACAUCUGUAAUUGCAAAACCCCAAUUACAAAUCUUAAGGACUUGUCCCAGAUCAAGGGCGUUGGUAAGUGGAUUUUGAAGCAGAUGCAAGGCUAUUUUGAUACAGAUUCUGGUUCUUCUGGGGAAGAGGACAUGAACAAAAAGGGAGACAAGAAUAAGGGGAAAAAGCGCUAUGUACCACAAAAGAAUUCUGUUGCUUAUGCUCUACUUAUUACACUCUUCAGGGGAACAGAAAAUGAAAACGAAUUUAUGCGUAAAAAGGAAAUCAUCGAUGCAGCUGAAGCAAGUGGACUUUCUCGUGUGCCAAUUAUGCCAGAUAAAGCAAAAGGGAAAGCUGGAAGUUUUGGAAGCUCGCCUAGAGAUUGGUACACUGGAUGGAGCUGCAUGAAAACACUGAUAACUAGAGGCCUUGUUGUGAAGUCGAGCUGCCCGGCCAAGUAUAUGCUGACAGAAGAAGGGAAGAAAGUAGCGCGUGAAUGUCUUUUGAGAUCCGGAAUGAUUGACCCGAGUAAGAAUUUGGACGGUUUGAAAGGAUGUUCAAAUUCUGACCAAAGAGACAAACUGACAGUUGAUAUACAAAGAGACUUGCCAGAUUUAACUGCUGUCGGUGUAUCAGUUGAAAAAGAAGCCCCUAUUAAUUUGAACAAGUCCAAGAAAUCUGUAGAUGUGCCGCCUGAAUAUCUUGACAAGUUUGUCAAGAUGGGUUUUUCUCGGCAACAAAGUAUCCGUGCGGUUUCUGAGGUUAUGGAAACAUCUAAGGGAAAGGAUAUAUCUUCACUUUGGCCAACUGUUCUUUGUCGCCUUCGAGAAGAUGAGAUUUAUGGUUCAACUUCAGCACCUAUAUCUAUAACAGAUGACCAUAUUGCUGCUCCCCGUUCAUUCCAACACACAGGUCAAGCAGGGUUUUACGAUAUUGAAAUUAUGCAGCCACGUGCCAUAGCUGCAUGUGGUAACAAAAAAACAUCGAUUCGCCAUGAUUUUGGAGGAAGUUCUUGUACUAUGAAAGCUUGCUCAUCUACAGAUUACGCAGUGAACAAGCUUGACAUUCGAGGAUCAGAAUCUAAAACGGAUUAUGCAGUUAACAAGCUAGGCAUGCGAGGAUCAGAAUCUAAACCAAAUACUUUGCCGAUGCCGCCUUUGGCGUUUGGAGAAAAGUUUGGGGAUUUAUAUGAAGUAAUUUUAAUAUUAGACAAUCGCGAGCAAUUUGCUACUAAAGGGUCACGUUCCAGGAAAAUUAUAGAGAAUAUAUGUUCUCAAUUUAAAAUUCAAAUAGAGAUCAGAAGGUUGCCUGUCGGUGACGGCAUUUGGAUAGCUCGUCACAAGUAUAUGGGUAGUGAAUACGUUCUUGACUUUAUUGUUGAAAGGAAGAACAUUGAUGACUUGCGCCACUCAAUCAGGGAUAAUAGAUAUCGGGACCAGAAAAUGCGGCUGGUGAGAUGCGGGCUGAAGAAGAUGAUAUAUCUAGUCGAAGGUGAUCCAAAUUCCUCAGAGGCAGCUGAAAGCAUCAAAACAGCUUGCUUCACGACUGAGAUUUUGGAGGGAUUUGAUGUGCAAAGAACAAGUGGCUUAGCAGACACACUGAAAAAGUACGGUUAUCUUACUCAAUCAAUAAACCAAUACUACAGAUCUUUGGAUCCCGAGGAAAAGUGUGCUGCGGUUUGCCCACCUUUUGAUGAAUUUAUCAAAAUGUGUCAAGAGUUGGAUAAAAUGACCGUUCGCGAUGUUUUUGCUAUCCAACUCAUGCAGGUUCCGCAAGUAACAGAGGACACUGCUCUUGCUGUUUUAGAUAUGUAUCCAACAUUGCUUUCUCUCGCUCGUGCAUACUCUCGUCUCGAUGGUGAUGUUUGUGCACAAGAGGAAAUGCUCAAGAGGCAGAGUAACAACUUGAUCAAUGGGUCUGCCAGCAAAAAUAUUUUCCAGUUAGUUUGGGGCAGCUGAAACCAUCUAUAUCUGUAUCUAUAUAUAUCUAUCUAUAUCUAUCUAUACAUGUGUAUAUAUCUAGGCAUUUUAAUGGUUAAUUCAGUAAAUGAUCAAUGUGAACAAUUUUGUUUGGAUUAGUAAAAAAAUGAGGUUACUCUUAAACCUUUCAUUUUCACAUA